CUUGGACCCGGAAUGGGUUACACACCUAGGCCUGGUGAUAAAAAUUUUGACGGAUUGAUUCUCAUCAAGAAUAUCCAAGAUGCUGAAAGAGCCAUUAAUCUGAUCAUUAAUCAGGGUGAAGGAAGCAGGGAUAAGUGUAUGGUCGAUGAAUUAAAAGAUGUUACGAUCAAUGUAAAAAUUAGUGGUGAAAUUAAAGCAGGAAACCAAGUAAAAAUUUACGGAACAAUCGAAGCGAUAGUUAGUAAAAAAAAUGGCACAACAUCUGAAAAACCAAAAGUAGGGACAAUAAAAGGAACAAUGGAAGGGAGAUCAUAUAAUGAUAAUAAAAUAAAUUGGGAAAUAUAUGGAAAAAUUAAAAGCGCAUCUGAAUCGGAGUAUCAACUCUGGCCUGUUGUUGAUGAUCCAAACUUUGUAAAUUACACCGACCCUAGUACUCAUGAAGAUAGAUCAUAUGCUGAUCAAAAUAUCGUCACUACUCUCAUCGCUUUUAACGCUGCUUAUUCUUACCUUUUGCUCUUAUUACAAGUAGUUUGGAGAACUGAUGGACAAGAAUU